CCGUAGUAUAUUUGAGUGACGCGCAAUGGUGAUGUGUCUGUGUCUCCCGAGUCGGAAGAGUUGCGCUCCUGAGAAAGAGCGAGAAGACGCAAUAGAAGGAGGAAGAAUGGGGAAGAGAAGACGAAUCUUGGUUGGGCUGGCCUUAGCAAUGCUCAUGGGGUUCGCAGUCUACUUCAGGCUUUGGGCUCUCGACUACACCAUCUCUUCCGACGAGAUGGAUUUGAUAAGAAAGCAGUUCGAUCUUGCUAACAAGGAAGCCAUGGACGAAUCUGCAGAGUGGAGGUUGAAAUAUGAUGAGGAAGUAGAGAGGACCGUCAAGUGUGAAAAGGAGCUACUUGAGGUUAAGCAGUCCUUUGAGAAGCUGGAGGAUGCUGCUAGUAUCAACACGGAAUUGGAAAUGCUACGAAAGGAAAAUGUGGGUUUGCUUGAACGAGUAGAAUCCCUAAAACAGGAGCUCGAAGCUGAGAAGUUGAAGUGUAGUAUGCGGUAGAGGGAAGAAAAAUAUGGAUGGGUCCGUCUUUUAUGGAGUGAUUGCUGGCCAUCCUUGCACCAAUUAGUGUUUUUUGCACAGAUUCUUAGUUUCCUAAAGAAGAACAAUCAGCUGAAGAGGCCAUCCUCCCUUUUUGGCAUUUGAUUUGAACAAGAUAGCUGUAGAUAAAUCCUCAUCCGAAACUGAAAUCAUUGUACAUUAUAUACGCACAUAGGUUCCUCAGAAGAUGUAUCAAGGAAUGAUAAUUCUUGUGCUACUAUCAUUUUAUUUCUUGUUCUAAUAAUGGUAACAGUACUAACUCCAAGAUUCAUCUCA